AUGCCCCAGCCUUCUAAGUCGCCACCUUCUUGGACUUUGAAGGGAGUGGCCUUGACGAAACGGGAGGCAGAGCUGUUGAAGAUGUGGGGAUGCCCCCGGGAAGUGCUCCAUGCCCUCGACUUUCUGGCCCAGCAAGCUUCACCAUGUCAAUCCAAUCGUGAUGUUUCUGUCUUGGAUCUCUUUUGUGGGAAAAAGGCGAUCUCGAUGACAUGGCGCCAGCACGGAGAAAAUGCGUCUGGCUCCAAAUUCUUUUGCACACCACCUGCUUUGAUGGAGCACUAUGAUGUGGUGGAUGCUGGGGAUGACAACAACAUCCUUCUCACGCAGGGCUACUUGACUCUGUUGCUCAUGGUGCUUAGGUUAGCCCCGGAUGCCUUGGCCAUGGUGGGACUGCCAUGUAUCUCGUAUAUUUUUUUGAAUUCAGCUACCCAUGGAAGAACACGCAGAAGGCCGUAUGGUUUCGAGAACAAGUGGGCCUAUGUGAAGCAAGCCAAUCAGAUCACGGUCAGAACCAUUAUCGUGCUGAUGCUCUGUGCAUGCAGGGCAGUGUAUUGGUUCGUGGAACAACCAGGUUCAAGUAAGCUUCCCCUUUUCCCGGAACUGAAGCUGCUCCGCCGCUUGAUGCGGGCCAGUGGAAUGAAGACUUACUUUACGCGAUUUUGGAUGGCGCAUUGGGGCGCACCUUCACCAAAAUUGUCGAUGGCCAUAUCUUCAGCACCAUACGUCAAAGAGCUGAAGAAGAAACUCACCAAGGCUGAUCGGGCCAAGCUGUCUUCUGAUGGAAUUGCCAUUGUCCGAACACUUCCAAACGGAAAGAAGACAGUGAGUGGAGGACCAAAAUUGCGCUCCACCCAAGUCUAUCCGAAAGGAUUUGCGAGGAAGUUGUAUCAACUUCACAAGAAGUUGAAGGCGAAGAAAGGAUUUGAACACAAGGCCGCCGUGAACAUGGCCUACAAGCACCAUGCUAAGGUGAAGAAGGCUUUCGGAGAUGAGCUCAAGGCAAAGAAGGAGGAAGGGAUGUCUGACCGGGCCAAAGCCGCCCUCGCCGCCGCCAAGCUUCGGACUGCGGCUGUUCUACAGAGCAUGUCACAGCCUCAGAAGGAGGCUGAUGCUGUGAAAGAAAUGAUGAGCAGGGAAGCGGAGCUGGAGGAACGUGAAGCCCAAGAGGGGGGUGAUGUGAAAGAAGCCGCAGAAAGUGAAGACAUGGAAGAUGGAAACUGGAAGAAUCACAACUGGUACGACCAGCAGUCAUACCAUGAUUCCCAGCACAGUGACUACUGGCGCCAUUGGAAUUCUCCAGCUUGGUCAUAUGGGGGGUAUGGCAACUCGUGGAAUGGCUCCCAACACUACGGCUAUUCUGCCUAUGACGGAUAUGGAUCACCAGGUGAUUCCUUCCAAACCCCUCCAGCCAAAAGGUCUUUUGGCCGUGCUGAUUCCUUUGCUUCUUUGGGGUCUUCUGAAUGCUCAGAAAAGAGCCUCCGGAGAGCAAGUACUGUGGAUCAGUUGGAUGCAGAAACAAAAGGCAACAUCGAGACCGCCUUGGGAUUCAUUCCUGACGGCCCACAAAAAGACGCGUUACUCGCAUGGAUGGCCCCCCCAUGCUCAGUCUUCAGCUUCAGUGAGCCCUGUUCCCCAGAGUCAAUUGUGGGAAGGAAUGUUGCACCAGGAAACCAACCUAUGGCAAAAAAGGCAUUAAGCAAAGACUUGGACAGCGUCAGCACCCAGACCGGACAGAAAAACAAAGAAGCACCCAAAGAAGAAGCACUCAAUGCACCAAGCACUACACCUACACCUGAUGAGGCAAGCAAUGAAGCACCUUCAACAGCACCAAAGCAGCCAGAAACAAACACUACACGCGAUGACAAGCAAGCUGAUGACGAGAAGAUUGAAAGAUCGCCGGCAGAUGCAGAGAGCAAAGAUGAAAACAAAAAAAGCAAGACACAGGAAGCCAAAUCAGCGCCAGAGACAGCAGCACAGGAACAGAAGACCGAGAAGCCAACUGCAGAUGCAAAGUUGGAAGCUGCAGCAGAGCCCAAGAACAAUACCGACAAGACAGCACCAGCUGUGGCCAAUGAAACAAAACCAGCAGCAAGCAAUGCAGCCGAGGCGCCACCAGCAGCAGCAGCAGGAUCAGCACCGCCAAAGCAGCCAGAGACAAACACUACACGAGAUGACAAGCAAGCUGACAAGAAGGUUGAAACACCGCCGGCAGAUGCAGAGAACAAAGAUGAAGACGAAAAAGACAAGACAAAGGAAGCCACAUCAGCGCCAGAGGCAACAGCACAGGAACAGAAGACCCAGAAGCCAACUGCAGAUGCAAAGUUGGAAGCUGCAGCAGAGCCCAAGAGCAAUACCGACAAGACAGCACCAGCUGUGGCCAAUGAAACAAAACCAGCAGCAAGCAAUGCAGCCGAUGCGCCACCAGAAGCAGCAGCACCGCUAAAGCAGCCAGAGAGAAGCACUGCACCCGAUGUCAAGCAAGCUGACGACGAGAAGAUUGCAACACCUGCGCAGGCAGCAGAUACACAGGACAGCCAAGAAGACAGUGAAAAGACAAAGGAAGAUGCAAUCUCUCAGAAACUGGCUAAGGCAACAAGCAUCCAGGGGAAGCUUGCAGCCAUGGCAGCAGCAAAGAUAUCACAAGAAAAGGAGGAGCAAGAGAAAGCAGCAGCAUCAGCAGCAGCAAAGCGCAAAGCAAAUGAAGCACAGCUCAAGGACCUUAAGCCAACAAGCAAGGCAGCAGCGAAGGCCAAGGAAGAUUCCCAAGGUGAAAAACGCAAAGCAGAGGACGCACCACACGAUGCUGAGGAGAAACCAAAGGCUGCAAGAGUGGCAGAGGGUCAGGACGAGGCACCAGCUCAUUCAGAUGAUGAGGACGAGGAAACAAAGCGCUUGGAAGAGAAAAAAAAGAAAGCUCGAGCAACAUACAUGAGAUUUUACAGAUCGAUGCGAGGUAAAUACGCCCCUAAGGAGGUGAAGAGCAUGUGCCAGAAGGCAUCAGGUCGAAAAGACCUUAUGUCAGUCUUGUAUGAAGAUUGGCAUGAAGCAGGGGAGGACUGGACCAAGGCAAAAAUUUACUUGCAGGUGACAAGCAAAGAGAAGCAGCAGCGGUAUGGAGUGCGUGAGUGGCUUACUCGUGCACAGAUGGAGCAGAAGUUCGGCAUGGAAGGAGCAGAAGCGAUCAUUCUUCGCAAGCUUGAAGAUGAGAAGCUCCGCAAGACGGAAGUCCGGAUGCAUCCGGAAGCUCCCACUUGCGAAGGCCUUAUGCAGUUUCUGACUCUGAACAUGGAAAAAGAAGUGGAUAGCACGGAAACAUGUGUGAAUCGCCUCUACGAGGCUGCCGAACAAGCUGACAGUGACAGUUCCAGCUCAAACAGUGAUGACGAGGUGGCACCAAAGAAGAAAGCUGCACCUGCCCCGAAAAAGAAGAAAGAGAAGAAGGCUAAGAAGGAAAAGAAAACCAAGCCAGCCAAGGAGGAGUCUGAGGACGAAAAUGCCAAACUGCUGAAGGAGCUUUUGAAAAAAGCCAAGAAGGCGUGGCCAUGCAACGCAUGGCUUUCUAUAAAGGUUUUGGGACUAUGA